AUGCCUCACCAACAAAGCUCCACGGAGCCCUCCGGUAGCGGUGGAGCGGCGAGACCGGAGCCGAAGAAGCUCGUCCUGUGCUUCGAUGGCACCGGUAACACCUUCAGCGGCUCCAACGCGGACACAAACGUCGUCAAGAUGCUCAACAAGCUGGACCGCAACCACCCCCGUCAGCACCACUACUACCAGACCGGUGUCGGUACCUACGACGUCAACGAACGUUCCGUGCACAAGUCCUGGUACGGCGAGCUGAGGAGUUCCAUAUCCAAGACGGUCGACCAGGCGUUCGGCACCACCUUCGACGCCCAUGUUAUGGCCGGCUACCGCUUCCUCAUGCGCUAUUACGACUCGGGGGACAAGAUAUACAUGUUCGGCUUCAGUCGCGGCGCAUUUGCCGCCAAGUUCCUCGCCCGCAUGAUCUUCACCGUUGGCCUGCUCUGCCAAGGCAACGAGGAGAUGGUGCCGUUCGCCUACCGGCUCUACCAGCGCUACCUCGCAGGUGAGGUCGUCGGCGAGGUCUACUUCCUCGGCAUCUGGGAUUGCGUCAAUUCCGUCGCCGUCCUGGAGAACACAGCGAAGCCGGUGGCGGUCCGGGGCACGGCCAGCUACGUUCGCCACGCCGUCGCCGUCGACGAAAGACGCGUCAAGUUCAAGGCCGCCCUGCUUGCCCAGGACCUGCGCGCCGCCGAGGGCGACGACAAGGACGACAUCAGGGAGGUCUGGUUCCCCGGCUGCCACGGCGACGUCGGCGGCGGCUGGCCCGCCGUUGCCGGAGAUCCGCUCGACAACAGCCGGCCGAUGACCGUCUGGCAGAGCAUCCGCAACUUCUGGACCACACGCAAGCCCAAGGUGCCGAGCGCCGACGUCGGCACCGACCCCUUCCAGAUGAGCGACGUACCGCUGGCCUGGAUGAUCCGCGAGCUCGAGCGCGUCGGCGAGAAGGACCCGACGGCGGCCGUCAAGUGGUCCAACAGCGUCAACGGCUUCAAGCGUCGCUUCCGGAAGAACAGGGAGCAGUCGUUGCGCGGUGUCGUCCACGACUCGCUCCGCUUCGGUCACGGCACAGGCUUCUUCACCGUCCUGCUGUGGAAGUGUCUCGGUAAGCCAGCUGUCUUGCCCUCCGUUGCACCGUCGUCUCCGGCACGCUCAGGUCGGGGGCGAAUCGAGACUAAUCGUGCGCAUCUGCUUCCAGAAGUAUUCCCCUUCAUCACGAGAUGGGAGCUCGUGGGCAACAGAUGGGUCAACAUCCGCUUCCCCCUCAACAAGGGUUCGACGCGUGACAUCCCGCCCGACGCCGUCCUGCACGAGUCACUGCUGUGGCGGCUGCAAAACAACCCGAACUACGGGCCUCUCAACAACCAUGGCGAUCUGCAAGCACCGUGUCUCAAACACAACGGCGUCGUGGCCCGGGUCGAAGCUGAACCGGUGGAAGGAGACGUCGACGCCGACCAUGCGACGUACAGAUUUGCGAAGAAUGUGACGGAGCACACGAAUGGGGCUUGA